UCUACAGGACCAGAUCAUGCAUUCAGAACCUACUCGAAAGAUAGCGCAAGUGGCUGUAACUUCUUUGUCAUGGGUUUAUGCUCCUAAUAUAAAUUCAAUUUUGCUGGUGGUCAUGGAGAAGGCAACCGACCGUCUUCUCCAACAGUUUGGAGUGAUGUGGGGCAUCGAAGAGAAGCGAGAAAAGCUGGAAAGAAUGCUGUCAGAAAUCCAGGACAAACUUGGAGAUGCAGAGGAGAGGCAAGUCAAGGAAGAGGGAGUGAAGAAGUGGUUGGCAGCACUGAAGGAUGCAGCCUACGAAGCAGACGACAUGCUGGAUGAGUUCAAUUUGGAAGCAAUGCGGCGGAAGGCAGAGAUUCAGGUCGAUAUGUCGAAAAAGGUGCGCAGCUUCUUUUCUUUUGAUAAUCCACUCUGGUUUCGUUUCAAGAUUGGCCAAAAGUUGAAUGAUAUUGUUGAGAAAAUCGAUAAAAUAGUAGAUGAAGGAAAUAAAUUUCAUUUCAUGGUCAAAACACAACCACAAAUCAAGGAUAGGCCGCAAAGCCACUCCUAUAUUGAUGAGUCAUAUGUCAUUGGUAGGGAGGAAGAUAGAGAAAAAAUAUCCUCCCCAUAG